UAUAAACACAAUGGUUCAUUUAUUGAUCAGAUUAGUUUUAUUGUCAACUGUUUUGUGAAGGAAACUUUUACCAAAUUUUUACCAAUUGAUUUUAAUAAGUACCAGAGGAUGUUUACAAUUGACUUUGAAUAAAAAGACCCAAUUCAAUCAACGUUACCAUUUGCUUUCUGUGUUGCUCUUCAAGUUGUUAUAGUUUAUAUUUUAAACCCAACGAAAAGUUAUUGCUUUAAAUUUUAUCAUGGCAGAAGGAAUUCUCAAACCAGGCAAAAGGAUCAAGCCAUUCCUGGAGCUUGAUGCGGCUAAAAAAUUGGUGGAAAAACUAUACGACGUUAAAAUUAAAAAAAUUAGCGAGCUUGACUCCUAUGAUGACCGCAACUAUAAAGUUGAAACUGUAGUCGCUUACAAGGAGUUUGGAAACCAGUUUGUCUUCAAAAUAACAAAUACUUUGGACUCAUCGGUUCCAGGAUUGAUUGAAUCGAUCAAUCAAGUUUCACUUCUCGCCAAAAGAGCAACCAAUUUUAAAGUUCCAUGUCCAAUUCCUGAUAAAAAUGGAGAACUGGUUUCAAGAGUCAAACUGGGAACAUCGGACGAAGAAAAUGCUGUUAGGUUGAUGACGUUUGUUCCAGGUACAAUUAUAAACCAGGUUGAAUACACCGAGGAAUUAUUAACCCAAGUUGGACGAGCGUGUGGAGAAUUGACCAAAGGCUUAGCGGAUUUCGAAAGUCAAGUUUUAGCUGAACGGCAAACCAUUUGGUCAUUGAAGAGUUUAGACAAAUUGGAACAGUUUCUGGAGCCAAUUAAGGACGAAAAACAGCUGUCAUUGGUUAAAACUGUCAUGAAAAGGUUUAAUGACAAAGUUGGUAGCGUGAUUGACACUUUUCCAUCUUCAAUUAUCCACGGUGAUAUCAAUGAACAUAAUAUUGUGGUUGAUGAAGUUAAUGGUGAAACGAAAUUUUCUGGCUUUCUUGAUUUCAACGAUUCCCAUAAAGCACCAACUAUUUUUGAUCUGGCGAUCCUCUGCGCUUAUUUAACACUUGAUAGUCACACGAUUGAACCAAUGCUUGCUCCGAAAUAUAUAAUUUCUGGUUACAAAAGUGUUGUAAAUAUAAGUGAACCAGAAUGGAGUAUUUUGCCGAUUUGCAUGUUGGCUCGAUUUGUACAGUCUGUAACACUUGGAACUUAUAGUCAUCAAUGUGAACCUGACAAUGAAUAUUUAAUAUCAACAGCUAAGAAAAUUUGGAAGAUUUUAGAUGUAAUGAUGGAUCAAGAUGAAGACGAGUUGUUGCAAACGUGGAGAUAAACAAGAAUGCGAUCUAAGUCUGGACAUUUUAACCGAAUUAUUUUACCAAACCAGUUUGAGAUUGCCAAAUUUACAAAUUUUUUAUUGAAACUAGAAGCCUGAAUUGUAAAAAUUUAGAUUAAAUGUAAAAGGAAGAUGAAUGUAUCUCCUGUUUAUGCACAGCAAUUUUUUUAACAAUUGUAUGAAAUUUGGUACUUCUUCAAGUAUAAAUAAUACGAUACGAUAAUAAAUAAACUCUUAUAUGGA